AUGGUGAAUUCCAUGCUUGUGUCAUGGAUUCUGAAUACGAUUGAACCUAAUUUACGUUCAACCGUAACGUACACUGAGAUUGCACAGACACUCUGGGAGGACAUAAAGGAGCGAUUCUCUAUCGGUAAUGGACCACGUGUUAAACAACUCAAAUAUGAGCUGGCAAAUUGCAAACAAAGAGGAAUGAUAAUUCUAAAUUACUAUGGCAAACUCAAGAUGAUUUGGAAGGAAUUGGGAAAUUAUGAGCAAUAUCCCACUUGUCAAUGUGGAAAGUGCAGCUGCAACAUAAGCAGGGCAUGGGAUAAGAAGCGAGACGAAGAGAAACUUCAUCAGUUUUUUAUGGGGCUAGAUGACAUGGUCUAUGGAGGUGUGCGUUCGCAUAUACUGAGUACAGAACCCUUGCCAAGUUUGAAUCGAAACUAUGCUAUAGUAAUUCAAGAGGAGCAAGUUCAAAUCAUGACUAGAGCAAAGGAAGAGAAGACUGAAGUUGUGGCCUUCGCAGCCCAUGCACGGAAGAGGCAAAGCAAAGGCAGAGACAACAACGUAGUAUGUACUCACUGCAACAAGGCAGGUCACGAUACAGAGUCUUGUUUCCAACUAAUCAGCUACCCUGAAUGGUGGGGCGAUCGGCCGAAGAAUAAUGUUCGUGGAACAGGCCGAGGACGUGGUGGACAGAAACAAGGAGCAGGGGCAGGCGGAAAAGGAUGUGGUGGCCAAGUCAAGGCCAAUACAGCCAAAGCCUCUGCGCAAGGCAAUGCGUGUCAAGGAGAAUCAACUGAUACAGCCAAGACUGUGAUAAAUGGACUAAGUAGUGAGCAAUGGAACAAAUUACUCAACCUUCUGAACACACGGAAAGAUGGGAGUCAACGACUAAGUGGUAAGCAAAAACUGUCAGAAUGGAUAAUAAACACAGGGGCCUCUCAUCAUAUGACAGGAAGCCUCGAGUCAAUGAGAGACAUAAAGAAUGUCAUUCCGUGUUCUGUCGGGCUACCAGACGGGAAAGCGACAACAGCUGAGAAAGAAGGCACAGUUGCACUGGACGAUUAUCUAAAACUAACUAGUGUUUUAUAUGUGCCUAAUUUGAAUUGCAAUUUACUUUCUGUCUCGCAAUUGAUUGAGGAUUCGAAUUGUGUUGUCCAGUUCACUAAUAAAUUAUGUGUGAUACAUGACCGCACUACGAGGAUGCUGAUUGGAGCGGGUGAGCAGAGAGAGGGACUCUAUUAUUUCCAGAGCAUUACAUCAACAAGAGCAAUGAAGACUACAGAGAGCARAACGUGGGAUAUUUGGCAUCAAAGGUUAGGGCAUCAUUCUCAUAGAGCUGUUAAGUUGCUCCCUUUUAUUAGUACUAAGAAUAAUAAUGAUGACAGUAUUAAGGGUUGUGAUGCAUGA